GGACUUUUUCCCGCCAGCCUCGUGUAAACAACCUUUCCCGCGCUUUUGUUCCUCGGCCUCACACUGUCACACAGGGGAAGGCGCGGCACGAUUUUUCAGCUAUAUUCAUCAAAGGGAGGAGCCACUGUAGACCAUGUCGGAACAGCCCACCUCUCCAUCAGCUGGUGUGAGCUCACCAGAGCCCACCACCCCAAGCAGGGCGAGUCAGAGGCGCAGACGCUCUUCUAGGGGCUCAAAUGUGGAUCCUGUUACGUCAUCCCCUGGCCGGGAUCUGCCGGCCUUUGAGGACGAGAGUGAUCUGAUAGGAAAUGAUGCACCAGUGGAAGAGGAGGAGGAUGGGGAAGAACUGUUUGGAGACAAUAUGGAAAACGACUACCGGCACAUUCCUGAGUUGGAUGUUUAUGAUCGGGACAACCUCGACGACUCAGAAUACUCCAUGUUGAGUGAAGGAGACCGUGUGGCUGCUGAGACCCAUAUGAGGAAGCGAGAUCGUGAUGAAGGACGGCCAGCUGGUGGCAUGCGUAGAGGAUUUCUCUAUGAGGAGAGUGAUGAGGAAGAUGACCAGCCAUCCCGGAAGCGUCGCCUGGCAGAAAGAGCAGUGGAGGGAGAGGCUGCAGAUGAUGAUGAGAUGAUCGAGUCUAUUGAGAACUUGGAGGACAUGAAGGGCCACACCGUGCGGGAGUGGGUGUCCAAAGUCGGGCCACGGACUGAAGUGUACAACCGCUUCAAGAAUUUCCUCCGCACCUAUGUCAACGAUAAGGGUAACAACCUUUACAAAGAUAAGAUUCGACAAAUGUGUGAGGAGAACAAGAUGUCUUUUGAUGUGGACUACAACAUAAUUGCUGCUGAGGAGCAAGUUUUGGCUUACUUCUUGCCCGAGGCUCCAACGGAAAUGUUGGAAAUCAUGGACUCGGCAGCCAAGGACGUCACUCUCUCCAUGUUCCCUCAGUAUGAAAGGAUCACCAGAGAGAUUCACGUCAGAAUCACUGACCUUCCACUUAUUGAGGAGCUUCGUUCACUGAGGCAACUUCACUUAAAUCAGCUGAUUCGCACGUCGGGUGUUGUGACCUCUACCACCAGCAUCCUCCCUCAGCUGUCUGUUGUGAAGUAUGAUUGUAACAAGUGUUCCUAUGUGCUGGGUCCUUUUGUCCAGUCACAGUCUGCAGAAGUCAAGCCUGGCUCCUGUCCUGAAUGUCAAAGCAGAGGUCCAUUCUCAAUCAACAUGGAACAGACUAUUUACCAGAACUACCAGAGGAUCACUCUUCAAGAAUCCCCAGGAAAGGUGACGGCAGGUCGACUCCCUCGCUCCAAAGACAUCAUCCUGCUGGGGGACUUGUGUGACACUUGUAAGCCCGGUGAUGAAAUAGAGGUGACCGGAGUGUACACAAACAACUACGAUGGCUCACUCAACACCAAUCAAGGGUUCCCAGUGUUUGCAACCAUCAUCAUGGCCAACCACAUAGCCAAGAAGGAUAAUACCAAUGCUGUUAAAGCUCUCACUGAUGAAGAUAUCAAGGCCAUUGUAAGCCUUAGCAAGGACCAGAGAAUUGCUGAAAGAAUAGUAUCUUCAGUGGCCCCAUCAAUUUAUGGACAUGAGGACAUCAAAAGAGCCCUUGCACUCUCUCUCUUUGGUGGAGAAACAAAAAAUCCUGGAGAGAAACAUAAGGUUCGUGGUGACAUUAAUGUCUUGCUGUGUGGUGACCCGGGAACAGCCAAGUCUCAGUUCCUCAAAUAUAUACAAAAGAUUGCUCCUCGCGCUGUCUUCACUACAGGUCAGGGUGCUAGUGCUGUGGGUCUCACGGCUUAUGUGCAGCGAUCGCCCGUCACCAAGGAGUGGACCUUAGAGGCAGGAGCGCUGGUUCUGGCAGACAAAGGUGUUUGUCUUAUUGAUGAGUUUGAUAAGAUGAAUGAUGCUGACCGUACUAGCAUCCAUGAGGCUAUGGAGCAGCAGAGUAUCUCCAUCUCCAAGGCUGGCAUUGUCACCUCUCUGCAGGCCCGCUGUGCUGUCAUGGCCGCAUCCAACCCUAUUGGCGGCCGAUAUGAUCCAUCCAUGACAUUUGCUGAAAAUGUGGAUUUGUCAGAGCCCAUUCUUUCUCGUUUUGACAUCUUGUGUGUCGUGCGGGAUGUGGCAGACCCAAUCCAGGAUGAACACCUGGCACGCUUUGUGGUUGGUUCGCACGUGCGCCAUCAUCCAGGAGCCACCCCGGCCGAUAUCGCUGCUUUCCCAGCGGAUGGUGCUGUACCAGGAGGAAGUAAUCUGGCAGGAGUGGAGAAAAUCCCUCAAGACCUCCUGAGGAAAUACAUCGUCUACUCUCGGGAGAAGAUCCACCCCAAGCUGAACCAGAUGGACCAGGACAAGGUGGCCAAGAUGUACUCAGAGCUGAGGCGAGAGUCAAUGUCUACAGGCAGCAUUCCCAUCACUGUACGUCACAUUGAGAGCAUGAUCCGGAUGGCCGAGGCUCACGCCCGCAUGCACCUGAGGGAGUAUGUUCAUGAAGAGGAUGUCAACAUGGCUAUUAGAGUGAUGCUGGAGUCCUUCAUUGAUACUCAAAAGUUCUCCGUCAUGCGCACCAUGAAGAAGAACUUUGCCAGAUACCUUUCCUACAAGCGUGACAACAAUGAGCUUCUCUUCUUCCUGCUGCGGCAGCUGGUACACGAGCAGACCACUUUCAUGCGCUCCCGUUAUGGCCCUGACCAUGAUGUUGUCCAGAUAUCUGAGAAAGAUCUCCUGGAUAGGGCUCGACAGAUCAACAUCAUGAACCUUCAGACGUUCUUUGACAGUGACAUCUUCAAGUGUAACAACUUCACCCAUGAUGCAAAGAGGCAGCUGAUUGUGCAGACAUUCUGAGUGGGUCUCAGUGACAGCCAUUGAAGCUAGUGGAGUAAAGGCACAGGAUACAGUUCUGAAUUAGGUGGCUUAUUUUUAGGGAAAGAACUCUAAGAAAUAUGCAUUCCCAUCCUUGGUUAUCCCACAGUUUUAGGAGUAUUUGUUCUUGUCCUAUUAACUAUAAGGGGAACUUACAGAAGAUAGUUAUCAUGUAGUUCUUUGCAGCUUCAUGAAUAUAUUUUUCUAUUUUGGUGAUUUACAUGAUUUUAUCACUAAAUCCAAUAACUACUUAUUUUUGAAACCUUUUAAUUAAUAAAAGUAAUGGCACCCAACCAACUGUUGUUUGUACCUCUAAUUGAUAUCUUAGGAUUUUUUUUAUUAAUCAGAUGGGGUUUCUGUGGUCACUUAUUUUUUAGGGGGAAGGGUAGGCAGGGGAUGAAACUUCCCUGAGGUGCUUUGAUAUAUCCUGUGAUGAUCUUUCCAGUGUAAUAGAACUCAAUUUUAAUGCAAGGCACGUUCUAAGAGAGGUCAUUUCAAAUUAUCACUAAAUGGAGGUUUUGCAUUAUGGAAUUAUCAAAGUUUUACUCUUGGUAGAAGUAUACACACUUGAAAUCUGAUGACAACAAUUUUUUUUUUAAAUGAAAACUAAAGUUGUACAUUUAGGUUGUAUUGAUUCUGUUAAUGGGAAUGUUGAAGGAAAAUACAUUUCUUAAUUUUCUUGUGGGCUAUAGCAUGUCUUAUCCUGUAAAAUUUGGAAUAAGUAUGUGUCAUGGUUUUCAUAUUUUAUUCAGCACAUAUAUAAAUUUCUUUACAUUCAACAGCUGAUCUGGAAAACAGAUUUCUUUAUUAUAUACAUUUGGCCCUGAGACAAGCAAGCACAAGAAAUGCUCAUUGGAAAUAGCAACCAAUAUCUGUACAUGAUUAGGCUUCAUACUGUACAAGGGGAAGAUUUAUCUCUUGAGAACUGUACAAGGAUAGAACAAAGAGUAUGUACAUAGUCAGAUCUUACCAGCGGAUCGUUGGCAAAAUUGUUAAGGUUUCUAAAUAAAUAAAAAAAAAAUAAAAAAAUCAUCUUUCA